CACGAGCAGAAGAGAAGAGAAAACAGACAGUAAAAUAAUAUUUAUCUCUAUAAUGAAUCUGACAAGCCCAUAAUUAAAAGUGUAAAAAAGAAACCGACAUCUCCUUCACCACAUCGCCCACUCUUUGAGACAGCAGUGAGGGAAAGUUUCCGCUCUGCAGACGCUCCCUUACGUUAAUCCGCAGAGGAGAGGAGAGGAGAGGAGAGGAGAGCAGAGCAGAGCAGAGCAGAGCAGAGCGGAGAGGAGCGGAUAGCACCACAUGGCUGGAUUCUUCGAGGUGCGAGCGAACGAACGCGCUGCCUGCCUGUAGCCAGUAGCGGAGUGGAGCGGAUAGACACACACGCUCACACACACAUACACACACACACGUACAAACGCUCCCUGCUUGCCUCUCACUCCAUCACUGCCAGUGCACAGGGAAGGAUCGCAGCAGAUUCUCUCUCUAUCGCUCUGUCAGCCCCCCUCUCUCUCUCUCUCUUUCCCUCUGCUCUCUUUUCCUCACGAGCUGGAAUACUGGGGCUGGAGACGGGGAAGGAGAAGAACACGGACCACAGGGAGAUUUUAAAAGGAGGAAGAGGAAGAGGAAGGAGAGGUCUAUUAACACCACAAACGCGUGCCGCUGAAGGACAUCUACGUCUCUGAUUUGCCAACACAUUUACAGAUCUACCCAUCUCUUUUUGGCACAGCCGGACUUCAGCAACACUGAUUUGGGGAACACCUUGGUCUCUUUCUGACUGCCUAAUCGUUUGGACUAUAGGAGCACAGAUGGCAUUUGAAGGUACCAGAGUCUGUGAGUAGCGGACCCUCCCCCAGUGCGAGAGUGAGAGAGACGCCAUGAUGCUCCUCCAUGAUUCCAUGUGAUAUCUACUGGGCGACUGGCAGUGCAAUUGUCCACUUUCGCUAAUUCUGCGGAUACUGGAGGGAAAUCUCUGACUCUCUGAUUCCGAGGAUACGAUUAUUUUCCAUCAAGGGCCUGGAAGAAACAACUGGAGCUCAGUGAAGAGAAGAGAAGAGCGUAGUGAACACUGGACAAACACAAGCCAUGGCUGAGAGGAAACUCGCUUCUCAGUGUGUGCCGUGACAGAAUGGUGGACUGUCUGAGUCGAGUCAUGCUGCACACAGCCAUCUCCUGCUGGCACCCGCUGCUGGGCGUGGCCCUGUUGGCAGUCUUCGUGGGCUCCGCUCUGGGAUGCCCCGCCCGCUGUGACUGCUCCGCCCAGAGCCGCUCGGUGCUGUGCCACCGGAAGCGCCUGCCCACCAUCCCCGAUGGCAUCCCCAUCGAGACGCGCGUCCUGGACCUAAGCAAGAACCGCAUCCACGCCGUCAACCCGGACGACUUCGCCGCCUACCCACAGCUGGAGGAGCUGGACCUGAGCGGCAACAACAUCAACUACGUGGAGCCGGGAGCCUUCAACCUGCUCUUCAACAUGCAUUCGCUCAGCCUCAAGAGCAACCGCAUCAAGCUGCUCUCGCAGGGCGUCUUCACGGGCCUGACGAAUCUCACCGUGCUGGACAUCAGCGACAACAAGAUCGUCAUCCUGCUGGACUACAUGUUCCAGGACCUGCGCAACCUGCGCUUCCUGGAGGUGGGCGACAACGACCUGGUGUACAUCUCGCACUGGGCCUUCAGCGGGCUCAUGGGGCUGGAGACACUCACGCUGGAGCGCUGCAACCUGACGGAGGUGCCCAAGGAGGCGCUGUCACACCUGCACAACCUGCUCCGCCUCCACAUGCGUCACCUGAACAUCGGCGCCAUGAAGGAGAACUCCUUCCGGAAACUUCACCGGCUGCAGCACCUGGAGAUCGAUCACUGGCCCUCGCUGGACACGUUCCCGGCCAACGCGCUGCACGGCCUGAACCUCACCACGCUGUCCAUCACCAACACCAACCUGACCGCGCUGCCGGCGCGUGCGCUGAGCCAUCUGACCCACCUGACCCACCUCAACCUGUCCUUCAACCCCAUACGGCACAUCGGCGAGACCAUGCUGCAGGGUCUAGUGCGGCUGGAGGUGCUGCACCUGGCCGGGGCUCACCUGAGCGCCAUCGCGCCCCAUGCCUUCCACGGCCUGUACCACCUGCGGCUGCUGAACGUCUCGCACAACCGUCUGGACACGCUAGAGAUCAGCGUGUUCCAGGCGCCCGAGUCCCUGCGCGUGCUGCAGAUCGACCACAACCCCCUCGUGUGCGACUGCCGUCUCAUGUGGCUGCUGCAGAAGCCCCACGCGCUCUCCUUCGGCGAGGCGCAGCCCGAGUGCAUGCCGGUGGACGGCUCCCCCCGCGGCCGUCCCUACAAGGUCAGGGAGGCCCUGCACUCCAACCACGUCACCUGCAUCAAGCCCAAGAUCGACGAGAACAAGACCCAGAUGCUGUCGGUGGACGAGGGCCAGCGCGCGCUCCUGCACUGCAGUGCCAAAGGGAAGCCCAACCCCGUGGUGUCGUGGCUCACGCCGCGCCGGCAGCACCUGACCCGGAGCCGCGGCCGCGCCGUGCUCCACGACAACGGCACGCUGGAGAUCCGUCCGGUGGAGGCGCAGGACGGUGGGGUGUACGUCUGCGUGGCGUCCAACACGGCGGGCAACGACACGGUCAGGGUUUCAGUGGCGGUGAAAAACCUGGGCUCACUCUAUGCCAACAGGACCCAGUUCUAUACCGACUCGGCCAACACCACUGCCAAUGGAACCGCCCCGCCAAACAUGACCUUUGGCCUGGACCUAAAGACCAUUCUGGUUUCCACAGCGAUGGGCUGUUUCACUUUCCUAGGCGUGGUUUUGUUCUGCUUUCUUCUGCUGUUUGUUUGGAGCCGGGGCAAGGGUAAGCAUAAAAACAACAUCGAUAUCGAGUACGUCCCGCGCUCCAAGUCCAACGGGGGAUCAACAGACGGCACAGACCAAGGGGCCGGCCCAAGGCGCUUCAACAUGAAGAUGAUCUGACACUGAGCCAACAAAGAAUAACAGGAAUUAUCAAUUUAGGAAUUAUGCAGUCGUGGAAUUGUUUUUCUUUGUUCAUUUUUUGGUUUAUAUUUGAGCAUUUUGGGCAAAAGGGACCCCUGGAGAAACCAACUGCCAAAACGGCGAUCACGAGGAACAAACCUUUUGAGUGGCGGAUGUUUGGUGCCCUCAGCAUAUUCCUGAUGCACUGGCUGAGUAAAAGGAGACACACUAUUAAUCCCUGAACACAACCACUGAACAUUUAACAUGAACACAGGAUGCAGUUAUUCGGUUGGUGGACGACUCUUCACACUUUCUAUGCCCAUCAGGAAUCCAUUGGGGGUGAAUUCAAGGACAUUGCAGAAUCAUGUACAGAGGAUAUUUGUAAUUAAAAGUAUUACUGUUAUUUGUUGUGGCCAGGGCCAUGCUUAUUCACUGCAGUGGAACACUGGCUACUAGUGCGUUCUGAUCCUUUCAUGCUCCUGCAUAUAUGUACGUAAUGCUCUAUUAUGUAUAUGUAUGUAAACACUUGUGCAAACCCACUUUUUUUCUUGUUUAUCUUUUCUGUUAUUUACUCUUGCAAUACCCAUGGGAGACAAUAUUAGCCGAUACUUGCUGUUGCCCACCCCUCCAAUCAAUGAUCAAGCCAAUAUUUUACACCUGAAUCCGUUCAAAGCAACCAGAAAGGGCUUUGACAGCGUGUGCGAGUAUGCGCUAGAAGGAGUGUGAAAGGUUCCCAAAACUACCCACCCGCUCCAACACCCCCAGCCCAUCCCUACCUGGAGAAUACUAUUUUUUUGUUGGUGUCAUGAAAAUAUGAAGAGAAUUUAUUUAUCAAAAUGCUUUGAGGUUUAAAGUGAACAAAACAAUGAUGAAUACUCUGACAUUGUUUAAGAAUAUAGAGCAUACUUUUUGAUUAUAUUGCUGAUAUCAUGAUGUUUUAAAAAAAAAAUAGCUCAUGGAUUACUUGCAUUGUUUUUUUAACCCUUCGACAUCAUCAUCUUUUCCUGUUGUCAAACUGUCUUCAUCUCUGCAGUGAAAUUGACAUCACUUUUUUCCCAAAACAGAAUUUGGAAUUUGUUGUGGUAGUUUCUCAUUUUGUUGUUGAAUCAUUUAGAUUGUGACCAGUUCAAAGUAAAAGAAAAAAAAAACAAUAACAUGUAUGUGAAAUAAAGAAUAUUAAUUUGUA